AUGGCAGCGUUGGUACAGACAAUCCCGCAACAAAGUGGCACGGUCCCUGUGCUUCAGACUCGCCCCUCUUCUUCCUCGGGCGCCUUCACAUCCUCCACUCAGUCAUCGCAACCGCAGAACUCCCGGAACUCGGCCAUGUCUUGGAACACAUACAAUACUAUCGGUGGUUCAGGGAGCUACCGGGUAGGCCACCAGGUUGUGGCGCCCUAUGCUUUUACUAGCACUCCCAACCUCUCCAAUUCACCCAACAUGUCAAAUCGGCAGUCAUGGUCCCCUCAUUUGAGACCGGAUCAUCGAACGUCCUCUGCUCCAUCAGCCCCUCAAGUGUCUCCGAGUCCUGCAUACCCCGGAGUUAACUCGCGUCUUGUCAAUCACCCUGCAGCUGGUUCUGUAUCAACAUCCUCUUCCAAUUCUUCCGUUCAAUCUUAUAUGUCCAAAGACGACACCGCCAUUCCGUCAAGGCAACCGCGUGGUGGUGGUGAACCCCCUCUACGUCCUUUAUCCACCGCCAACCUCCCCUCUCCACCCUCUCCCAACUUCAUGAACAUAUCAUCACCGACUGUUGCCCGCCCGUCGCCGGACCGGUAUCGUCGCGGGACACGUCGACCGGAUGGUGCAGGGGCUUCGCAGCCCGCCGCUACACCGAUGAACGCACCUGGGUCUGCCCGUGUUCCCUCUGGGACGACGGAUGACCAUUCGUCACAGUCGAACUAUGCGUCUGGAUCUAAAGGCCCGGUGCAGGAUGUUUCUCGUACACCUGGCCACAACCGGGUGCCUAGUGCAGAUGAUUCUUCGCGGAUGGAGAAGCAGCCGGAACUAGCUAAGAGAUAUAGGCGGCGGAGCUGGGGAAACAUGGAUAAUGCUGGUCUCAUUAAUCUACAGCUUCAUUUACCAUCGUCAUCUCCAAUUCCGACAACAAGUGGGCAUGAUUAUUUCGAUACAACUCAUCGGCCCAAUUCGGCACAGUCUCAUAGAGAUGUUUCGGGAGGCAGCCAUUCCGCCCAUUCUUCAACCUCUUCGGUUCGUGAUACAGGGCACACAGAGCUUGCGUCGUCUUCGAACAAGGUCGUUGGUAAACCUGAUGAUACAAAACGAACUUCAAAGCCCUCCCCGUUGUCCCAACCCGUUACGCAAGAUGCCAAACCCGAGAACACUGCACCUGCAAAAGCAGAACCUAAAGAAAAACGCAAUCCAACGGAGAGUCUUGCGACACAACGUCUCGCAGAAAUUACAAACAACGACUUCAAGAGACCGGGGAAAUCCAGGUUGAGGAGGGCUUUCUCGUUCGGAAGUGCAUCCGAGCUCUUGAAGGCUUCUGCGCAGAGUAGUCAGAACAAGAAGGAGGCUAUUGCUGCAGAGAAGGCUCGACGGGAAUUACUGAAGCAGGAACUAGGCCCCGAACACGCCGCCAUUGCUGAACAGCAGGAAGCCAGUGGUCUUGGUGAGAGUAUCUAUUCUCAUCACCAAGGCCGCUUCUUCAACAGCUCCACAGAUAAUUUGUCUGUUUCUUCCACGGCAUCGUCAGCCUCGAUCAUGCUCCGGAAGAUGGGCAAGGGGAUGAAACGAUCAACCAGGUCUCUUGUUGGGUUAUUCCGCCCUAAGUCGAUUGUGAGCAUGUCUUCCAAUGAUGGUGUCGUCGUUGAGCCUAUGGCACCUCAGCUGUCCGUGGUCAACAUUGAAGCGGAACGGAAAAGCGUAACUGUUAAUCCAGACCCGCAAGAUGUUCCUCGCGGUGGGACUGUAUUCCCCAAGAUAGAACCUAAAGCCCAAAGUUCGUCGACCGCCGAAGAUAGCCUUGCAGAGAAUUCCCAAACGCGUAAGAGCAUUGUGGGAGGUGAUAAGGAGCGGGCCGAAGUUCUAGCCGCGGUAAGAAAGGGUAUACUCAAGAAAACCGACGCAGCAAACUCUGCUCCCGCGAGCAAGCAGGCUGAGCGCUCUUUAAAUAUGAUUAGGAGCGAUUCACCUCAUUCUAGCGCUCCUAGCACUCCUGAGGACCAAACACGAUCCGACAAUCGACGCUCUGACGCGGUUCGAAUCGCUGGGGAGGACGAUUUCCUACCAGAAGGGCGGUUCCCCGAUUCUAAAGGAGCUUCUAUCACAGCCCCAACAGGUCCUAAAAGUCUUGUCUUCAGCCCCCGUAUCCAGUUCCAUGAGACAUGGCCGAGCGGCGAAUAUGAUCGUCGCGGGGAUAUUGCAACCUGCAACCGACUGACCCCUCUCCUUGCCCAGCAAAUCAAAGAGGAGCUAAACAACUUCAAAAUGGAGAUGGAAGUUCAUGAGACCUCGAAAAUUUAUACCCACUUCCUCUAA